GCAAAACAAAAAAAAAAAAAAAAAAAAAAAAAAAAAAAAAAAAAAAAAUGCCCAUCUUCCCUACUCACCUUACCCUAUGCUCUUCUACUUAGUACCCUAAUCCUAACUCACCUUAUCCUAUAGCUAGAGUAGUCUCAUUAUUAUCUGCAAUAACAAUAUCUCCAUAAAAUUACAAGAAUGAGACUCACCAAUAUUUUCAUUGCAUUGCUUUUCCUUCUUUCAUUGGCAGCCAAUGCAAGGAGCUGGGGCUCCUCCCCCUCCACUGGUAGGGACACUUAUGUCAGAGAUGCAUGCAGUGUGACAAGAUACCAAGAUCUUUGUAUCCACUCCCUAGCGGCAUUUUCACAAACAGCUAAAAGGAGUCCUACUAAGUGGGCUAGAGCUGCGGUCUCAGUUACAAUAAGUGAGGCUAAAAAUGUUACACAAUACCUGAAAAAAUUGAAGAAGUACAAGCUCAUCAGAAGUAGCAGAAACAGAAUUGCAAUUGCAGAUUGUAUUGAAUGUUUUGAGGACACCCUUGAUAAUCUUCAUAGAUCACUUGGUGUGCUUAGAAAUCUUGAUGCUGCUAAUUUUGAUUCACAAAUGGGAGAUGUAAUUACAUGGACUAGCGCUGCACUUACAGAUGAAGAUACUUGCUUGGAUGGUUUUGCAGACCAAAUUGAAUAUAGCAAACAAAUUAGAGUUCUUCAAAAUAAGGUUUCAAGAGCAUCUUAUAUCACUAGCAAUGCAUUGGCUCUUGUUAACAAACUUGCAUCCACUGGUUUGGAUAGUAUUACUAAUUAGUAUCAGUUGCAGAGUUAUUAAGGAGAAGGGAAUUUGGUCUCUAGAUUUUCUUUUUUUUUUUUUUUUUUUUUUUUUUUUUUUUUUUU